GGUGGGGGUGAGGGCGGGCGUGGCACUUUUCACCUUCAGUUAAGCUUUGAAAGUUUUAUGUUUUCUUAUCAGCUGUCGCGAGAGCUGUGAUUGUUUUUCCAAGCACCGCAGAUGACAUUUUGUCAAAUGUCUGGCUGGCUUCCCGGCCGUUCCAGUUGCGGCUCAGCUGGGGGAAGCAGACAGACGGUGGUGGGACCGGCGUACAGGCGCAGGUGUCGAGCCGCCGCCGACGUCUUGGGCAGCUUGACGCACGGGAAGGGCGAGAAGACUUGCGGCUUUGCCACGGACGGCGAGGCCGGCCGGGAUGGGAGGUGCGAUCGAGACGAGGAACCAACCAGCCGAUGGACGUUUCAACUCUCACAAGAGAUGUGACUUUAACGAAGGCUUCUGUGACCUGAUCCAGCCCUGGUCACACGCGCUUCUUUCUCAAUGGAAGAGAACCACGGCGGUUGGGCUCAUCCAACGCGACCACACCGGCAACCAAUCAGCCUAUUUCCUGUCCCUUGUGCCUGAAAGAGGAGACACUAGCACCGCACAGCUAAUAAGUCCUCAGUUUGGGCCUGCCGACACCUGCCAGAUGAGCUUCUACCAUUACGUCUCGGCCCAACACGGAGCGCUUCAGGUUCUGAUGGAGAGCGGCCCCCAGGGUCACGCCACUGUGCUAUGGAAGCAGUCCACUCCAGCCCAAGCGUGGCAGCGAGCUGUUGUCCGCUUUUCCAGCAACAGCACUUUUCGGGUGGUAAUUGGAGGGAGUCUAACAGAGGACAGUGAUGCAGCAGAGGUGCUGGCCAUCGAUGACAUUUCCUUUAGUCCCCACUGUGAGCCAGUCUCGCCACCUACCAUCGCUUGCCCGCCAUCCUGGUACGCUUGCGAGGGCGGCGGGCCGUGCAUCCAGGCGGACAAAGUGUGCGACUUCACCCGGCAGUGCCCGCACGGUGACGACGAAAGCGACUGCCCUUCGGAAUGCGACUUUGAAGGCGGCUCCUGCGGCUGGUACGAGCUCACCCUCGGUGACGGUUUUGACUGGGUCAGAGGCUCGUCCGCCGAUGUCCCGCCGGAGUAUUACGGUCGCCCGCCUCCUCCGGACCACUCCAGUAACAGCACGGAGGGUCACUUUAUGUUCAUCCUGAAGAACAGCAGCAGUCUUUAUCCGAGGGCGGUUCUCAGAGGACCGUGGUUCCAGCAGUCGGCCUCCGGGUGCACCAUGAGCUUCUGGCAUUACAACUCGGGCAUAUCCGUGGGGGCCGCCGACAUGUACCUCCGCAUCCGAGGGGUCCAAAACAACACCGUCAUAUGGAGGACUUUGUACGAGCAGGGCAGCCGCUGGAACCGGGUCAGCCUCCAGUUGGGUCGCAUCACGCGGCCCUUCCAAAUCGCCCUGGCUAAAAUCAGCAUGGGCGUGUUCGACGGCAUCUCGGCGCUGGACGACGUGUCCUUCCACAACUGCUCCAUGCCGGCCGCCGCCGGCCAGUGCCCGCCGCACACGCAUUUCCACUGCACGCGCACCAGAGCGUGCGUCGAUCAGCUGUUGCGCUGCGACCUGGUGGACGACUGCGGCGAUGGUUCGGAUGAAGAGGGCUGCGCCCCCGAGCUGCAGUGCAACUUCGAGGAGGGCCUGUGCAGCUGGAAACAAGAGGCAAACGGCGGCGGCGGCGACGUUUUCGACUGGACCCGCACCCGAGGCCCCACCCCGUCUUUCAACACCGGGCCCUGGAAGGACCACACGCUGGGUACCAGCUACGGCCACUACCUCUACAUGGAGUCUUCCGUCCCCCAAGAGUUCAAGGACACGGCGGUGCUGCUGAGCCCGGCCUUCCAGCCCACCCACGGGCGCGGCGAGGACCCCUUUGACUCCCGCAGCCCGUGCGUGUUCCGCUUCCACUACCACAUGUUUGGCUCGCACGUGUUCUGCCUCGCCAUCUAUCUGAGGACCACCUCGACGGGUCGCGGCCAGUUGCUGUGGGUAGGCUACGGGGACCAGGGCAACGUUUGGCACAGGAAGACUCUUUACCUCACCAGCGCUCGACCCUUCCAGAUCGUAAUUGAAGGUACGGUCGGAGACGAUUUCAACGGGGACAUCGCCAUCGAUGACCUCUCCUUCCUGGGCUGCGUCCCGCACCAAGGCGAGCUCCCCGAGGCCAACGCCACGAUCCCCGCGGUGACCACGCCGGCCCCCUCGGUUCAGCCCCACCGUUGCCCCCACGGGGAGUUUGCGUGCGCUCGGCUCGGCGAGUGUGUCGCCCGUGGCAAAGUGUGCGACUUCAGGCGGGACUGCUCGGACGGUUCCGAUGAAAACGACUGUGUGGCCGAGGGGUGCGAUUUUGAAGGUGGCAAAACCUGCGGUUGGGAGACCGUUGCCCCGGUCUCCUUGCAGGCAUUCCGCUGGUCACCUGACCAAGGGGAGAGCGUUCACGCCGGAGAGCAGUACCAUCGUCCCGUCACCGACCACACCCUGGGCAGCCCCGAGGGUUGGUACAUGUGCGCCGACAGCUCCAACGGCGGCUACGGCCAAGCCACCGACCUCCAGACGCCAGUCAUCGCAUCCACCGGGCCGCAUUGCAGGCUGGUCUUCUGGUACCACAUGGGCGGAUUCACCGUGGGCUCCCUGCAACUUUUGCUGAAGCGUGGUAACAUCACGCAUGAGGUUUGGUCUCAGAGCGGUAACCAAGGCAACAAGUGGAGACGAGGUGAAGUGUUCUUGGGGCUGUCAAAUGACUUUCAGGUGGUGUUCCGAGCCAAGCGCGGCAUCAGCUACAUGGGCGACGUGGUGAUCGACGACGUGGGCUUUGUGGACUGCGCCCCUCCGCCGCCGCCCUCGGGAGCGCCCUGCGCCCCCGAGCGCUACGCCUGCGCCAACGGCCGCUGCGUCCCCCGCGACAACCUGUGCGACUUCAUCGACCACUGCGGGGACGACUCGGACGAGGAACCUUACAUCUGCAAAGCCUUUAACGGCCGUUGCGAUUUUGAGUUCGACCUGUGCUCCUGGCGCCAGAGCUGGGACGACCAUUUCGAUUGGCAGAUCAAAGCCGGCGGCACCCCCACCCUUGGUAUGGGCCCGUCCACCGACCACACCCUAAGGGACCCCUCCGGGCACUACCUCUACUUGGAGAGCUCCUUCCCUCAGGCGGCCGGAAAUAGCGCCCGCAUUUCGGGGCCGUUGCUGAGCCGCAGGAGCUCUCAGUGCAAGAUGCGCUUCUUCUUCCACAUGUACGGAGACGGCAUCGGGACGCUGGCCGUGUUCCGGCAGAGCCGCCGCGGGGGACUCCACCUCCUCCUCAACUUGACGGGCGACCAGGGCAACUACUGGCAGAUGACGGAGGUCCCGCUGAGCCACCCCGAGGACUUCCGAGUCACGUUGGAAGGACGGGUGGGGCGGAAUCCCACGGGGGACAUCUGCCUGGACGACGUCACCUUUUCGUCAGGGUGCCUGCUGGCUUCCUCGGAGCAAGCCGCUUCUCCUCCUCCUGAAGGCGGCUGCGCUCCGGGCUUCCUUCCGUGCGCCAACGGCCGCUGCUUCUCCUCCGAGCGGAGCUGCGACUUCCGAGACGACUGCGGCGACGGCUCGGACGAGGAGCGCUGCGGCACGUCCUGCUCCUUCGAGGACGGCCCGUGCGGCUGGAAGAACUCGCCGGCGGACAAUUUCGACUGGUCGCUGGGAAGCGGCUCGGCGCAGGGCGUACGGCCGCCGUACGACCACACGCUAAACGAUGAGAGCGGUCACUUCUUGUAUCUGGAAGCCACACCGGUGGGACUGAAAGGCGACAAGGCUCACAUCAGCAGUUCUCAGUGGAAGGAGACCAGCUCCAUCUGCAAGCUCUCCUUCUGGUACUACAUUUCUCACAAGGCCUCGGGAACCAUCCGCCUGCUGGUCAAGACGGAGAACGCCAUGUGGGAGGCGUGGAACAAAACGGGCCACCAGGGGAACGGCUGGAAGCGGGCCGAGGUGGCGCUCAGGAGGCUGAGGAACUUCCGGCUGAUAUUCGAGGGCGUGAGGUGGCGCGACGUCAGCGGGGGCGCCGCCUUGGACGACCUGGAGUUCAAAGACUGCGCCCCGAGUCUGGCUGAGCCAUCCAGCUGUCCCGCCAUCACCGAUUUUGUGUGCGACGGCGGCCGCUGCGUGGAGUCCCACCUUUGGUGCGACGGCAAGCCCGAUUGCGGCGACCGAUCGGACGAGUCGGACUGCGGCGGCGUACUCGCCGCGCCGGGAGCGUGUAAUUUCGAGGCGGACGACGGCCGAUGGGAGGAGAGGUGCCAGCUGGCGCAGGACACCGACGACGACUUUGAUUGGCGGAUCGGUCGCGGCAGUGAACGAGCGGGAACUGGACCCACUUCUGACCACGGUCCCAAAGGUGGCGCGGGGAGCUUCCUCUACAUCCACUCAGCCGCUCAGCAAAAGGGCCACGUUGCCCGGGUGACCACCGUUAGCGCCUUCCCAGCCAGCGUGGGGCUGUGUCACCUGCGCUUCUGGUACUACAUGCACGGCUCGGAGAGGAUGGGAACGCUGAAGGUGUUGACGGUGGGAGCGAGCGGUGGCACGCCGCUGCUGAUGUGGGCCUUGGCUGGGAACCAAGCCGAGGGCUGGACGUACGCCAGCGUCAUCCUGUCCAACCGGGCGCCUUUUCGAGUGAGCUUCCAGGCGGAGGUGGGCGGAGACAUGUGGACUGACGUAGCCCUGGAUGACAUCACGUACACGGCAGAGUGCGUGACUGGAGCUCCUGUGACUCCGCAGCCUCUCACCUGCAGCUCAGAGCACUUCCGGUGCGUCUUCUCCUCCCAGUGCAUCCCCAGAAGCUGGCGCUGCGACGGCGAGUCCGACUGCUCGGACCGGUCGGACGAAGAGCGUUGCCCCGCGGCCGUACCGGGCACCCUCCCCCCGCAGGGCGGCUGCCCCGCCGCCGCUCGCUUCCGGUGCUCCGACGACGUCUGCCUCCCGGCCAUAUUGCGCUGCGACGGCGUCGCCGACUGCGGCCGCGGCGAGGACGAGCACGAGUGUCCUUUGCUGCAGUGCCGGCCGGGAGAACUGCUGUGCGACGCCUUGUCCUCUUGCAUUCCUGUGGAGAAGCGUUGCGACCGCUUUGCAGACUGUUUGCCUUUCCUGGCAGAUGAGUCCAGUUGUGACGAUUGUCCUGCCAUGUUCUGCCUGGGACGAGGUCUGUGCCACGUGGAGGAGCACGGACCUGUUUGCAUGUGUAAUCCGGGCUGGACCGGCAACCGCUGUCACGUGAGGGCGAAGCCGCCGCCGCCGCCGCUCUCCACUCCGACGCCACCCGGGCUCGAGGCCACGCGGCUUGACGCGGUGUACGCCGGCAUUGCCGUCGGGAUGCUGCUGCUGGUGGCUGGCGUGGCCGUCUGCGUCCUGGCUCUGUGCAGUAAGCGAUGUCGUGCCAUGAAGCGCAGCCCGACGGACUACGGGAUGAUGGAUGGCCCCGCCUUUGACCGGAAGCCAGAGUUGGAGCGCCGUGCAAUCAGGCGCAGCAACGACGCCGGGGCUCUCUCCAUCAGCGUGUACCCUUGGAGGAGGGAGACCGAGAGCUCGUCCAGGAGGGACGCCAGGCUGUCCUUUGCCAACCCGUUGUACAAUCAUCAUCACGUGAACCCCGAUGAAUAUAGGAGCUCUCGGGCGUAAGAUAAAAAGAAGAUGGACUCAGGGAAAGGGAACACAUGCAAAGAUCAGUCAAAUUGUGCAGAUUUUCUUUCUCCCUGGUCACGUGUUGCUAGGCAGAAUUCCCAGGGCUUGACCAUAAGUGCCCCAAAAGGCCUAUGAAAAAAAAUGGAUGUACGUAUGUGCUAAUCAUUUUAAAUGAGGCUCCGGGAAUAACAACACUUGGUAAGUGGAAAACCAGAAUUUCUCAGGUAACCUUUUCCUUGUCACUUGUUGCCAGGCAGAAUUUACAGAGCAUAUCCACCGGCCAAUGAAAGCAUAUACUAAUAGCAAUGCUGCACCGUUCAUCGGACUCAUCCCUUGUUUACGUGCUUGUUAAAUAGUGUAGCAUUGCACAUGAACUGUCAAUUGAUGAUCAACCUUGUGUUUAAUA